AUGUGCGGAAGAGCUCGGUGUUCUCUCAGGCCCGAUGACAUUCCUCGGGCUUGUCACCUCAACGGUCGCCGUGUCCGGCAUGUUGACAUGAACCGGUAUCAGCCGUCGUAUAAUGUGUCGCCGGGGUUUAGUGUACCAGUGGUAAGGAGAGAAGAUGAGGCCAACGACGAAGGCGCUGUUCUUCAUUGCAUGAAAUGGGGUCUUGUUCCCAGCUUCACUAAGAAAACUGAUAAGCCUGACCAUUACAGGAUGUUUAAUGCUCGGUCUGAGACAAUAAAGGAGAAGGCUUCAUUUCGCCGCCUUAUCCCAAAGAAUAGGUGCCUGGUUGCAGUUGAGGGAUUUUAUGAGUGGAAAAAGGAUGGGUCAAAAAAGCAACCUUAUUACAUACAUUUUAAGGAUGCCGGGCCCCUGGUGUUUGCUGCCCUUUUUGACUCUUGGAAGAAUCAUGAAGGUGAGGUUAUUUAUACAUUUACUAUAUUGACAACUUCGGCGUCCUCAUCUUUAGAAUGGCUCCAUGAUAGGAUGCCUGUCAUUCUUGGAAACAUGGAUGCUGCUGAUAUGUGGUUGAGUGGUUCUCCAUCAUCCAACAUUGACACACUAUUAAAACCAUAUGAAGAGUCAGAUUUGGCUUGGUACCCUGUGACAGCUGCAAUGGGUAAGGCUUCCUUUGAUGGACCAGAGUGCAUCAAAGAGUUGCAGCUCAAGACUAAUGAGACCAGAUCAAUAUCACAAUUUUUCUCAAAGAAAGGAGACAAAGACCAACAGGGGCAGAAGUCUCAUAACAAAGUUGCAGAGGAAGAGAUUCUGAAUACUGAUCAGACAGAGAGCUUGAAACAGGAACCUGAAUCAGACCAUGUGGGUCAUCUGUGUUCCCCAGUCCAACCGGAGAGUUUCACUUCUACUACGGCCACAGACAUAAAAGUUGAACAAGAUUUCGAUGAGUCAGGUAGUAAACAGUCAUUGACUGGUCAAACCGGAAAUCCACCUGAAAAAGUAGGUACUUAUGCUAGCGAUAACGUGAAAAGCUUGAAAGAGGAGGAGUCUGAGGAUAUUAAACCAAAGGACAUUUCUCCGCCUCAGGAGGAAAGUGGGGAUUCUAAAACCAAGAGAUACUAUGAGGAGCUCUCAGGAGAUGCAAUGCCACUUCCCAAGGCGGUCAACACGCACAUAAGACCAUCAAAAAAGAAAGCUAAAGGAGCUGAUGACAAACAACCGACUCUAUUUUCUUACUUCGGAAAAGGUUAG